UAUGCAAAUCAAAAAACAAAGAAAUGCUGUUAUUCCAAUAGUAUUAUGCUCGACAGAGCACCUAACUGUGAACAUGUAAUCACUAUGGUAUUACUUUUGUUUUUUGUGCAGUUGAUACUUGGCAUAUGCCAUGUCACUGCAGAUCUGCCCAUCCACGUGUUGGUAAAAGAUGUAACCGGAAAAUGGCAAUUUUACCUAACGAAGCCCCUAGGAGGGCUGGAUGUCAUGUGCGGCUCAUCGAUGCCAAAUACUUUGGAAGGGAAUUUGAAGCUUGGAAAUUACCUUGAUUACCUGAAGUCACAUUACACUCUGGAUCGCAAUUUUCAAUUAGAACUUUCGUUGGAUGUAAUCCCCUAUUCUGACACCAGUAAUAAGCCGAAUAGAUACAAAUGGCGUGCAUUAGCCGUAAAGGAUGCCGCUGGUAAAGUUGUCGGCAGAUGGACCAUUGUUAAUGAUCAAGGUUUUGAAGUUUUGCUUGACGAUUCUACGCGCUACUUUUUUUAUAUACGUUAUACGCAGAAUGGAGACAUGUUUGAAACUGAUCCCAAUCAUACUCAGAUUGGUUGGGCAUACAGGCCUGGCAACCUUUCUGCAGCAGUUACAGAACGGAGAUGCGCGUUUGCAUCUAAGGUGAAUGCUCUGACUCCACCGCAAACCACCCUUGUGAAGCUGCAUACAAAUGUUACGGAGAUGUUCAAGCAGAUUGAUCGGUCGAUAACUAAUAAUGGUACGAGCCACGGUGCAAUUAAGUCGGCGCACAUAUCACCUAAACGUGGGUUAUAUCCAUGUGAAUGCGCGAAUAAAGAACGUCUUCACUUUGAUGACCAACUCCCUGUACACUUCGAGUGGAAAACUAGGGCAACAAUUCCUAUCGUAAAUCAAGACUCUUGUGGUAGUUGCCACGCAAUAGCUUCUAGAUACGUGCUACAGUCGAGAUUCUUGAUUGCCCUAGAGCGCAUGUCUAACCGCAGUCCAGAGUUGGAAGGCAUUCUUGACGAGCUUUCUCACUACACAUUCGACCCCAAAGACGUCACUGACUGUAGUAUGUACAAUCAAGGGUGCGAUGGCGGCUAUCCUUACCUUAUGGGUAAGCAAAUGCGCGAGUUUGGUAUAUUGACUACAAAAAAUGCUGGUCAACAGUGUACCCUACUCAGUACUGAGCGUCGCUACUUCGCCAGAGAUUACGGUUACGUAGGCGGUUGCCACCAAUGCACAGCUUGCCAAGGUGACGCACUUAUAAUGCGUGAGAUAUUAGCAAAUGGCCCUGUUGUUACGGCCAUUGAUGCAGCUGUGCUUACCGCGGACUAUGACGGCCACAUAAUCACGUCGGCGGAAGAAGGUACGAAUUCAGGCAUAUGUGACAUGGAACAUCAUCCAAUACUAACUGGAUGGGAAUAUACUUCUCAUGCGGUUGCAAUUGUUGGUUGGGGCCAGGAGAAGGUUGGUGCCCGUAUGAUCAAAUAUUGGAUCUGUCGCAACAGUUGGGGCCAAAAUUGGGGUAUAAAUGGUCACUUUAAGAUCGAGCGCGGAAAGAACGCGUAUGGCAUAGAAAGUGAGGCCGUGUUUAUCGACCCUGAUUUUUCCAAGUUUGCGCAAGAGCCGGCCGCCUCCUUCUUACACACGAUUCACCACCAUUAACAAAAAUAUUUAAUAUAAUACCUAAAAAUAAUGCG